GAGCUUGUCCACUCUCGUAAGUCAAAGCAACAGCAAAUGGGCGAGCAAAUCUAUUGUGGACUGAGACUAAAGCGGCGUCUACAAUGAGAUUUUAAAGUGUAAAACUUAAGAAAUUGGCCAAUCGAUUUAUAAAAGAAUAAUUGAUUGUGGUUGGCCAAUAUCUUAAAUCUUACGCCUUAAAAUCUCAUUGUAGAUGCCGCUUAAGUUUUAUUGUGUGUCAUAGCCUUCACAUUGCCGUGUAAACGUAGGAUAUGACAGCGAGCGUUUAGUUUUACUUUUCCGAUGAGAUUUGAUGAGGUUUUGUGAGAUCUUCAAAAUUAAUUCAAAAUUAAUGAUGAUUAACCUGUCAUUUCUGUUGACUUUAAAAAAGAAAAAGUAAUGAAAUAGUUUCUUCCAUAACAAUAUCAAUCAAUAAAACACACGCUCUAUCCUGGAUAAUAUUAGGAGUAAGAUAUAUCCAAUUAUUAAUGAAAAAUACAAUAUGGCUUCAGCAUCCAGCACAAGCGCACGUAGCCUGUUUAUUGAGUCAAAGCUGAGAUUAGCAGAUAGAGUUCAAGUUAAUGUUAAUAAUAUUGCUUCACUUGCCAGGCAGAUACAGCGAGGUUCCAAAAGUAACGAAAUGUUAACACAUGCAGCAAGAAAUUUUGCACAACAGGAACAUGGAUUAGAAACAAUGAAAUCUGAUUUGAAGAAGCUCGAGCUUAUUGUUAUUCAUUUGAAGUAUCAAAUAGAUACAAUAGACAAAAGUCUGGUGAUGUUGGAAGAAGUUACUGAACAAGUACGAUCUAUGCAACGAUAACACACGAUAAAAUGCACACACACACACACACACACACAUAUUUAUUUCGUGUGUAUGUAUAAGAAUUG